CAAACCCUAAAAUUUGAAGCUUAGCAUCUCUAUCAAGAUCUGGAUGCCUUAAUCAAGAUCAAGAACAAGGUCGACCUGACUCUUACUUUUCGUCGAUCUUGCCGGGAAGGAAUUUGCCGCUCCUGUGCGAUGAACAUUGAUGGCUGCAAUGGCCUUGCGUGUCUCACCAAGAUACUGUCCAGGCCAGAGUCGACGAUUACACUGGUACCCCACAUGUUUGUAAUUAAGGAUCUUGUGGUGGACAUGACCAACUUCUGCAACCAGUAUAAGAACACUGAGCCGUGGCUCAAGAGAAAGAAUCCGCCACCGGUCGCUGGGAAGGAGAUUCUUCAGAGCAAGAAAGAUAUAGCGAAGUUGGAUGGGAUGUAUGAGUGCAUCCACAACUUUCCUUGCUCAUCCUUCUUCUUUCUUCUUUCUUCUUUUUAUUCUUUCUCUCGCUCUUCUCCCUUCUUCUUCCUCUUCAGAUCUGGGUUUUUCUCAAAACCUAGAUCUUCCUGCCAUUUCCUAUAAUUCUUGAUUCCUUCAUCACUUUAGGAAGGGCGUUGUUUGUUGAUGGUCAUUUAAGUUCGUUCAUUUACAGUAACAGGAAACAGAUUCCAAUUCUUUCCACAGGUACCAGAUUUGUUGUUUGCUCUUUGUUUUUAGUUUUUUUUCUCUUUCUUUUUUUUUGUUGGUUACCCUGUUUGGUUGCUAAGAAACAACAAGAGACGACAACAAUGGAUUGGUGAUGCAGCAUCUUGUUUUCUUUUGAUUUUGAUUGUGAGCAUUUUUAUUUUCUCGAAAACCAAACAUAGGAAUCUGCAACAAUAUCACUAAUUACUGUAUGAUCCAGUAGUUAAUUGUUACUCUUUUGAAAAACAUUUAUCAAAUUGAGGGCAUUAUGUUUGUAAUAUUAAAAUCCAUUUUUCAUU